CGCGUCUUUGUGACCGCCAGCUCCCCUAACACAACGCUCAGCGCUGAGAGUUAGCUGAGAGGUCCCGCAUCAUGUCCAGCGCUAACAUGACAAUUUUUCGUGCCUACGCGCAAAAGUCUAAUCCUGCUAGUCUACCUUCAUCAGUUCUUCUCACACAUUCCGAGACAUGUUUGACGGUUUUUGACGCAUUUCCGAAAUCGAUCUUCCAUUUUCUCGUCACACCUCGUGUCAGGCCACCCUUCAACGUGUACCAACUCGCUAAUCUACGUUCGUUGCUCAAAUGCGAGAAAAACAGCGCCAAGGAACUCCUCACAGAUCUAAGCCGAGAAGCGAAUAAUGUCAAGAAAAUGAUCGAAAGUGAGAUGCUCCAGAAGUACGGAUUCAAGUGGGAAAUAUGGAUGGGCUUCCACGCAGUACCUAGCAUGGAACACCUCCACCUCCACGUACUUUCUGCUGACUUAUGUUCUCCGAGAAUGAAGUUGAAGAAGCACUACAAUUCCUUUCAUCCAAAGCUCGGCUUUUUCAUCCAUUUGAGCGAUGUUCUCUCUUGGUUCGAUGCCGAUUCGUCGUAUUAUAAAACAAUCUCUCAGCUCAAGAAGAGCGAGUAUGAGCCUUUACUUAAGGAAGAUCUUUCUUGCUGGAAAUGCGAUCGCAACCUUUCAAACAUGCCCAAAUUGAAGUCACACUUGCAGGAAGAAUUUGACAAACUGUCCGAUCAAGAAAAGGCAAAGGCAGAAAGAAAGCGGAAACGUGCCGAUGAUCCUGCACAAACAUCUUCCCCCCAAACGUCAUUGAAUGAUGAUGAUUCGCCGCCGGAUAAAUUGGUCCGUGAGAACGAGGAGCGAGAGGCCCAUAGUGAUAACUAAAUUCACUCUGGUGUACGCCAUCCAAUAAGCUUGCUUCGGUCAUUGACUCGGAAAUUGUUUGUAUCAGAUGUUUUCCGUAACUCCAAUUCUAUGAUUUUUUGACUUU